AUGACUCCCGUUAUUGCCACUGUCCGGAUUUGCGAGCGUCCCGUCCAGGUCAAGGACAUGGAGAGAUUCAUCUUGGCCAACCGGCUGGAACUCACCGGCAUCCUCGGCGUCGGCGCCUAUGGCGUGGUGUACACGGCCGUGGACAUCCACACGCACAUCCGCUAUGCCGUCAAGGCCCUCAACAAAUCCGGGCUGGAUCCCCGACAGCUCAAGUAUCAACAGCGUGAGAUUCGCCUGCACCAUCUGGCCAGCCAACACCCGCAUGUCGUCUCCCUGGUGCGCAUUAUGGACUCCAUGGAUUGUACCUACGUCGUGAUGGAGUUCUGCCCCGAGGGCGAUCUGUUUUCCAGCAUCACCGACAAGGGCCACUUUGUUGGCAAUGACCCCUUGGUCAAGCGUGUCUUCCUCCAGCUCCUGGAUGCCGUUCAGUUUUGCCAUUCGCUCGGGAUUUACCACCGGGAUCUCAAGCCGGAGAACGUCCUGGUGACGGACCAGGGCAUGACUGUCAAGCUCGCCGACUUUGGCCUCGCGACCACGGAUUAUUUCACCUCGGACUUCGGCUGCGGUUCCACUUUCUACAUGUCGCCCGAAUGCCAACAAUCCCACCCGCGCCCCAUGUCCUGCUACGCCUCCGCUGCCAAUGACGUGUGGAGUCUGGGCGUGAUGCUCGUCAACCUGACCUGCGGACGCAACCCCUGGAAGCGUGCUUCGCUUGAGGAUUCCACAUUCCGGGCCUAUCUCAAGGAUCCGUUCUUCCUCAAGACAAUCUUGCCCCUGUCCACGGAGAUGGUCUGCAUCCUGAGCCGCGUCUUUGAGCGCGACCCGUCCAAGAGGAUCACCAUUCCGGAGCUGCGCCAGCUGAUUGUGGACUGCCCGCGGUUCACCGAGUCGUCCAUGACGCCGCCUACCCCGGUUCCCACCUGGGACCAGAUCUCGCACGCCGACCUGUUUGUCUCACCCCAGAAUCCCUUCACCAUCCCCGUGGACCUGGAUCAUCAGCAAUUGCCCAUGCAUGCCCAGCCCUCUGGCUCGUCCUCAGAUUCCUCGCACUACUCGGACUUCUCCGAGUCUGCGAUUUCCGAUACGUCGGCCCUCACCGAGGAUUAUUCCGACUAUUCCGACUACAACUGUAUGUCUCCAGUUGUCUCGGAGCAGGUGCCGGACUGCAAGGUCGUCUUCCAUCACUCCAUCUGCGUGGAACAUCCCAUCUCCGUGGAUGCCUUUGCCACGGGCGCACCGAUCCAAGUCUGCUGA